CUUCCUCCCGCCGCAGGCCUCCACAGUGUCCAGCGCGCGCCUGGCCGCCUCGCUUUCGCCGCCGGCCGGGAGAGGACCGGUCAGGGCUGCUGGGCUCAGCCGUGUGCUGAUGGAAGGGACAGAGGCCCGACAGAGGAGGCUGGAAGGCUGUGGAAGGCUGAAGGAGCUGGGGCCAUUGCCCAGCCACGAUGCAGGAAGACUCCCAGAGGCUUCUGAAGAGGGACACCUGGAGGUCUCUGAGAGCCAACUCGUGGAUGCCAAAUCAUUGGAGGCCCCGCCUGGCAGGGAGACGUCCCUGAUCAUUGGCUUUCAGGUGGUAAUACCCUUCCUGCUUGCAGGCGUGGGACUGUCCUGGGCUGGCUUGCUUCUGAACUAUUUCCAGCACUGGCCAGUGUUCAAAGAUGUUAAAGACCUGAUGACGUUGGUGCCACCCCUCGUCGGUCUGAAGGGAAACCUGGAAAUGACACUGGCGUCUCGGCUCUCCACGUCUGCCAACACUGGGCAAAUCGAUGACCGCCAGGAGAGGUACAAAAUCAUCAGCAGCAACCUCGCCGUGGUUCAGGUGCAGGCCACUGUUGUGGGGCUCCUGGCUGCAGUGGCCUCCCUGAUGCUGGGCACAGUGUCCCACGAGGAGUUCGAUUGGGCCAAGGUGGCCUUGCUGUGCACGAGCAGCGUCAUCACCGCCUUCCUUGCUGCCUUGGCCCUAGGAAUUCUAAUGAUCUGCAUAGUGAUUGGUGCUCGGAAGUUUGGGGUCAACCCUGAUAACAUCGCCACACCCAUUGCAGCCAGCCUGGGCGACCUCAUCACCCUGUCCAUCCUGGCCCUCAUGAGCAGUUUCUUCUACAGCCACAAAGACACAUGGUAUCUGACGCCUCUGGUCUGUGUCGGCUUCUUGGCUCUCACCCCUCUGUGGCUCUUCAUUGCCAAGCAGAACCCGCCCAUCAUGAAGAUCCUGAAGUAUGGGUGGUUCCCCAUCAUCCUGGCUAUGAUCAUCAGCAGUUUCGGAGGUCUCAUCCUGAGCAAAACCAUUUCGAAACAUGAGUUUAAAGGCAUGGCUGUCCUGACUCCAGUCAUGUGUGGUAAGUGGUGGGCGGGGCUCCUCUUAGGGACCCUGGGCUUGGUGGGGCCUGAACAUCGAUGGCCUCUACAAGGAUGUAAGUUUUGUGACUCUCUUGGUUUCCUUCUAGAAAUCAAUUCUGUGUCAGCACGAGUCCUGCUCUUUCUGGUGGUCCCAGGACACCUGAUUUUCUUCUACCUCAUCUGCCUGGUGGAAGGCCAGUCAGUGACAAACAGCAAGAUCUUCAUGUUGCUGUACCUGGUGGCAGGCGUGGUCCAGGUGAGGAUGACAGUGUGCAGAGACACGCAGCCUUCAGGGCCUCUCAGCCAGCAUCAGUGGUACUGUGGGAGGUACCGAGUGCAGGUCCCAUCAUACGAAGAUUCAGCCAACAUGCUCAAGGCCAGUGGCAUGGCCUAGACAGAGGCUACCAUGCUGUGUGCCCACGCCUCGCACCCNUCUCCACCACAUACUGCACACUGCAUGCUGCAUGGUUGCACCUCGCACUGAACACUUCACUCACUUUGCUUGCACUCCACAUGCCACACCAUGCUGGA